UUUAAUUUUGUUAAACUGGUAAACACAAUGAGCAUAAAUUAUGUAUUUAAUUCAAAAAUAAUUGAUGAAGAACGUCGUCAUCUUGGUGAAACAAGUGUAGAUGAUUUUUUAAAUUCAAAUUUAACAACAUCACGAGCUAAAUCAUUCUGCAAAAAUUUAAUAUUUUUAACAUGUGGAUCAACUAAAACUAAAAAUAUAUCACUUUUAUGGUGGCUAGAAAUUUUAAAUAAUGCUGGAGGUUUUUUUAAACGUUUAAAAUUCACCCUAACGAGUGAUACUAAAAUCACCAUAAAAACUGGUUUAUCUGAAAUGAUAAAUUGUUUGGAAAAAAAAAUUAUUUCUGAUAAUGAAGCAUUGAAAAUACCAGAGUCAGUUGAAUUGAUUAAAUUCAAUGAUUAUCAUGUGUGGGUCACAACGAAUAAAAAAAUCUACAAAUGUAGUAAUGUCAUAGUUGCAGUUCCACCCUCAGAAAUAAAAAAGAUUAAAAUCAUGGGACCAAUCAAUCCUAGUCAUCUUGAAUAUUUUAAUCAGUACAUGUCCCAAAGUGUUGGAUACUUUGAAACAACAUUUAAAUCAUCAUUAUCAUUAUUUGAAUAUUCAGGAACUAUUGUAGCAUCAUAUGAAAAUAAACUUGGACCAAGAUUAAUUUAUAAAAUUAAAAAUAAUAUAUUUGCUGGUUAUUUUUCAUCAGCUUGUUUAUAUAAUUCACGUCAAAGUAUUAUACAAAUGAUUCGAAAAUUUCUUCAUCAAAAUUGUCAAGUCAUUGAGCAUCGAGAAAAAAUAUAUGAACAAGGAUUGAUGAAUAUUUUUAGACCUUGUUCAAUUGAUAAAUAUAUUGAUCCAAUGAAUGAUAAAUGCCACAGAAUUAUUUUUGCAGCAAGUGAAUAUGCUAAAAAUUGGCCAGGUACUGCUGAUGGUGCUGUUGAAGCUGGUGAACAUGCUGCAUGUUUAACUUUGUAUUAUUUAAGACCACAAUCAUUAACAUUAACUGAAGUUUUUAAAUUCAUGCCUUUGAAGUUGAUUAAAAAAAAGAUAAACUAUGAACUGUGGCUGGUUAAUAAAAUAUUUUUUAUCGUAAAUUCAUUAAUAUUCUGGAAUUAUUUACGAAAAGCUUAUAAUUUUUAA